AUGAAGGCUGGUCACAAGUGUCUCCUUUUCCACUGCAUUUUGCUGUCGGUCAUUGUAUCGAGCCAUGGAAAUGGUGUGUUCUUUAAUGACAAUGGAAACCUCAUACUCCCGGGGUCCUACAAUAUUCCAUGGAUGGCGGGCAUUGAGAAUUUCCGCACCCUCUCCCUCAUCACCUUCCCAGGCUCCCAUGACAGCAUGGCCCUGUACGGAGGUCCAGAGGCCGAAUGCCAGGCCUUGUCUCUGAGGGAUCAGCUCAGAGCCGGCAUUCGUUUCCUGGAUCUCAAAGUGUUUGGGCUGGGUGACACCCUCUAUGUCAUGCACGGGGUCAUGUACCAGCACAGCACUUUCAAAGACGUCCUAGAUACUGUCCGAGCCUUUCUGUCAGAGUUUAGGAGCGAGGCUGUGCUCAUCAGAGUGCAACCAGAGUCUUUUGAGAAGAAAACCGUCAAUGAAAUGGUACAGAGUCUGAUUGGGAACGACCAACAUGUGUGGGUGAACUCGGGAAUGCCGAACAUUGGUCAGGUCAGGGGGAAGAUUGUGUUUCUGCAGAAGAGCACUUUCACAUUGGGUAUUCCUCUCAUAAAUACCAACGGGAAAGGCAGCAACAAGGUUAGCAACGUUAAAGAUAAAGACAACCGAAUAAUCAAGCAGCUAAACGCAGCCACUGAAGCCUGCGGAGGUGAUAACGCUAUUUUGACCUACACUAGCGGCACUGGCUUCGGUACUUUCUGGGGAAUGUUUAUGACUCCGAAGAGAGUGGCUGAAAAGGUGAAUCCAUGGCUCAAUCAAUACCUGAGGCAGUUUUACCCCAAUCAGCCCAGACCAUGCUUUGGUAUCAUCGCCAUGGACUUCCCUGGUUUCGACCUCAUUCAAACUGUUAUCAGUUUAAACUGGUGGUAA